CUCUGCUGCUGCUACUCUGACACUCUUCUAUGAGACAUCUUGGGAGCCUACCAAAAAUCAACCCAAGUCUCAAACUGAUUUCCUUCCCCUUCAAACAAACAAAACCACUCUAAAGCUAUCAUCUUUGGUGCAAUUAAGCACUGCAAAUGUUAAUGUUACAGCAGAAGACCAAGAUAGAUUGGUUGAGGCUUGGUGGAAGCAAUACUGCUUAUCACAAUGCCAAAAUCAAGGAACGGCAUGCUAUGACCAGGAUCACAUCUUCACAAAACUCUAGGCGUAGGAUCGCUAAUGAAUAUGAAAUUUCCAGAGUUCCAAACUUCUACAAGAGUUUUCUUGAUGCAGCUGACUCAUUAGAGGAUAGACCGGGCAGUGCUUGCAAGAAGUCAUGUGGAAUAAAUGGAGAAAGUGAGGAUUUUAUGUAGAGAGGCUACAGAUGAUGAAAGAACAAAAAUUGCUAAUCUGAUUAGAAUGCUCCAUUUUUCAAGAUUCAUUCAAAAUAGUCUACAAUUUUCUUACUAGAGGUAUUAUAAUUAGUAGUUUUCUCAAUAUUUGAACAAUGAAAAAGGUUGAUUGUGUUGUAUUCCUUGUCUGAGGUAGGAAAUAGAAGAAGCAAAAUUGCUAAUACAAAUUAAGAUGAUUA